AUGAAGAUGUGGAAAUGUGUAGAUGAUGCUGCUGCUGCUGAUUGUGAAGCUGCUGCUGCUGCUGCUGAUGAUGAUGAUGAUGUGAUGAUGGAGACAAAGAUGAUGGGGAUUGAUUGGUGUUGGUUUGUAGAGGCAGUGACAAAGCUGUACAUUGCGUCAUUAUCCUACCGGAGGAUAAGGAACCAGAUUGCUGUAGCCAUGGCAGCAGGUGAUAAAGUUGCGUUGAAGAAACUGGUUGUUCUGCGGCGGAUGCUCUUCUUGGACGUCAUCAAGUUGGGAUGUGACCUGCCGUUGUCAGUGCAUUAUGCUCGCAUGUACGACAAUGGCCCUUCGACUGUUCCGGACCGAUGGGUUGGCAUUCUUGGAGUUGUUGGAUCCUUGGCACAAUUUCUCGUGAGGUUCCAGCAGCAAACUCAUUCCUACUCUUUGGAUCUUUGUCUCUCGAACAAGAUUGCAUGA